AUGUCUGAGCUCCGAAGGAAGCACGAACUGUCCAACUUGCUGACCGUCGUGAUCGAGAACUCGAGAGCGAUCCCGUUUCGCUGGUUCGCCAACAAGUUCACCUGCUUCUUCUGCAGGAGCCGGUUCGACGAGAGCUCCCAGCUGAAGGUCCACAUGGCCGAGGAGCACGAAGACGCCAAGGUCACUAAAAUCCUGCGCUCCCUCCUCGGAAGCUGUCGCUUGAAGCUCGACGUCUCAGACGUGUCUUGUAAACUGUGCCCGAAGCGGAUCGAAGGCUUCGAAAAUUUCUUAGAGCACGCGACGACCGUCCACAAGCUGACUUUCAACAAGGAGAUGCGCCGCGGCGUCUUAACCUUCAAAUUGUCGGACGUGAUGAACUGCGAAGAGUGCGGUGCGAAAUUCAAGUUUUUCGGCACUUUCCUAAAGCACACCCUCAAAUAUCACAGUUCGUCGAGCAGCUUCCUGUGCGAGAUCUGCGGCCAGGGCUUCGUAGCGAAGAAGCACGUCGACUAUCACGUUAAAACCGUACACAACGACGGACAAAUCGAUUGCCCGAAAUGCGACAAGACGUUCGCGAGCAAGAAGGCGAUGAAGUACCACGACGAGGUCGCUCACAGGAACCCGGAGCUAAAGUGCACGAAAUGCCACGAAGUAUUCACGAGUAAAUACACCAGGAACAGGCAUUUGGCCAUCGUGCACGACGUGAAGACUCUGCAGUUCCGUUGCGACCAAUGCCCGCAGGUGUUUAUCAAGCAUGGCUGCCUCGUCGAGCACAAAUCCAGGGUGCACCUAAAGGAGAAGACGGUCACGUGCCAAGUCUGCGGCCUGAAGCUUUUCAACGACAGGGCCCUGCAACUGCACAUGGUGAAGCACAGCGACGCGAGACCGUUCGAAUGCGAAUUCUGCAAAAAGACAUUCCAGAGAAAGACCACAUUGAAAAUGCAUAGGCGUAUACAUACGAACGAUAAGAGGUGUGUGUGCAAGGAGUGCGGGAAGGCGUUCGUGCAGACCGCCAGUUUGAAGCUGCAUUUGAGGGUGCACCAUCCCGGCGCUGAAGGGAGAUAG